AUGCCAUCCCCGUACAAUACGAUGGAAGACCGACCCGGCGACCAGUCUGGGAAUGCAAAAAAACUCGCGACAUCUACAGGUCAAGACGGAUGGGGUGAAGAUGACAGUUCAAACACUACCCAGUCGGCUAUGGGAACAAAGAAGGCAUUAUGGGCUUAUCUUGUCCUAUGUUUCUCGACAGGACCAACUUCUUCCAUGGCCUUCAACUAUGUGUCGGCAGCAAUACAGUCUGCUGCAAAUUACGUCGGUCACGAGCCAGGAUCGGACAAGCCAUGCGCUCGACGAGGAACGAACAUCUCCUGUGUGGUGAAUUUCGGAACCGGUGAAGUUGAUUACCAGAGUUACAUGUUGAUCUCCUGCUAG